GGACGAAGGGAGUAAAUUUUUUCUAUGGAGAGAUGGCCCACCAUUGACACUUGGCAGUCUCUGAAACCCCAAAAUCUAAACCCUUGCACCCUUUUCCUUCUAUAAAUACCUCCCCUCUUCUCCUCUUCCAACUCCCCUUCCCUCUCUUUUACUUACACCUCUAUACCUCUUCUCUCUACAAUAGGUAGUAUUUGGUAAGCAAGCACCAACAAAACCCUGCACCGCACUAUAAUUUCUGAAAUUACUGUCUGAAGGAGUUGAAAGGAGUUACUGUUGGAGAUUCCAAUUAAAAUGAAAUAUAUGCUUAUCUUUCUUGUCACUUUCAAGAUUGUGAAGAAGAAGCUGGCGAAGCUACAAGAGGCUAUGGGGUUUCAAGUUCAACAAACAUCACAUAGCACUAAACGGAAAUCACAUCCUGCUUCCAAAGCAAAUGAGGACUCUAACGAUGCUCAUGAUCAAAGCUCUUUAAUUUCAGGGGCACUGAACUUAACUAAUCAUAUUCUAACCAAUACCAAAUUAGUUCCCCCAGGAUAUGAUUCAUGGGUGGCAUGGCACCCAUCUGCACUGAACUCGUUUGAUAGAAUGAUGAAAGCUGCCGCUGGGAAGAGGAUCGUGGUUUUUUUAGACUAUGAUGGCACCUUAUCACCGAUCGUAAAUGACCCGGAUCGUGCUUUCAUGUCGCAUGAGAUGCGUGCAGCAGUAUCUGAAGUUGCUAAUUAUUUUCCAACAGCAAUAAUUAGUGGAAGAAGUAGAGAUAAGGUGAAAGAUUUUGUGAAGUUAGAUAAUUUAUACUAUGCUGGGAGCCAUGGCAUGGACAUAAUGGGACCACCAAUGCCAGAUAGAUCUUCUUCUGAUGGCAAGCAUUGUGAAAUUGAGCCUUACACAAAUGGCAAUGGAGUUCCAUUUCAACCUGCCAAGAAGUAUUUGCCUGCACUUCUAGAGAUAUUAAGAAGAUUAGAGGAUGGAGUGAAGGAGAUUCAAGGUGCAAUGGUAGAGGAUAACAGAUUCUGCAUCUCUGUUCAUUUCAGGCAGGUUCAGGAAAAGGAUUAUCCUAUUUUGGAAGAGAAAGUGAAGUCUGUGCUUGAAAAGUAUCCACAGUUUUGCUUAACUGAGGGUAAAAAGGUUCUGGAAAUAAGGCCAUCUAUAGAAUGGAACAAAGGUAAUGCUGUUGAAUAUUUUCUUGACACACUGGGAUUAAGCAGUUCCAGCAAUAUACUUCCUGUGUAUAUCGGCGAUGAUAAAACCGAUGAGGAUGCUUUUAAGGCCAUACAGAGCAGAGGUCAAGGUUAUCCAAUUGUAGUGACCUCAAUUCCAAGAGAAACAAAUGCUUUGUACUCUCUGUGUGACCCGUCGGAAGUGUUAAUCUUCCUGUCCCGGCUGGCAAAAUGGAUGAAAACCUCUUACUCAAGCAGGGCCUUAAACGUUGGUUGAGGUACAGAUCAUCAAAGUGAGAGGUUUGCAGUGCACAUAGUUUGUUCCCACAAAGGUUUUGAAGAAGUGGGUUUGUUCCCACAAAGGUUUUGAAGAAGUGGGAUAGUUGUUAAUUUCCUUGAAAUAGUUGGUUUGUAAAAUAGCCUUGUAUAUUUUCAGCUUGUAAAAUGGUUCAAAAAGAACAACUUCUCAUCUGGAGUAAUAUUUCUGAUAUAUAUAUAUAACAUCUUAAAGGAAGUAAAAGCAGAAGUUUACAUGAAGACAUUCAUAACAUCAAACAAUGAAAUCUGAUGUUAAAUGACAUACAUUAAUAAGAACCUCCAAAUUAAUCCUACACUGUAAGUUACUAAACAGAAAGGCUCCCUGAGACGCUGUUUCUUGAGUCUUUACUUGUCAGUUAUGAGGGCUAGCUGU